AUUGUGUCGUCGGAAAUUUGCACAACAAAUUUUAAAAUUUUGUUCUGUAUAAUGUGAACUAAACCACUACAAGUGAAGCUCUGUCUGAACUGGAAGUAAAUGGCAUCGGUUAGUUGUUUAAUGGGUGUCACGGUUUUCAAGGACACUCCUUCUGUUAUACCCAUUAGUAUAAGAGUGGGCAUGAUAGUUAAUAUAGCAGAAGAGAAGAAAUACGUACUACUCCAUGCACGCUAUACGUAAAGUGCUAACAGAAAACCAGCCAACGCAUUUGCCUAUCAAAGCAAGCAUAUCGGGGUAAGAUAAACAUGUUACUGUCCAUUUAAUCAAAUACUUGAUUUUUAUAAAAUUUUAAACGUUUAUUCUAAAAUUAUUUAACGUUUGAAUAUUUUUGAUAUUUUAUAGGGAUGGGGCGAAUCCUGAUUUCCUCAAAUCCGAAUCCUAACUCAAAUCCUAGACUGGAUUUGCCGAAUCUCAAACCCGAAUCUUUUAACAGAUGAUAUCCACAUAUCUAAUGUAAGUAAGAUGUAUUCUGCUUGCACUAAAAGUCCCUUGACUUUAUUACAUGAAUCGCUUAUUUAUGAAAGGGCAUAAGUCAACUUUUUUGAAGAAAUGAGUUACAUACAGGAUGCCAAUCUGUGGGUGUAUACGCAUCGUUUAGUUACUAAAAGGCACUAGUCUGAUGCAUGGAAGUGGGUUUACCGACCGCCAGAAAAUUUAGUUUAGUUAUGAAAAGGAAUUAGUCAGUGGACUUAUGUCCUUUCAUAACCAAAUGAUUACAGCUAUUAAUCAGUGGACUUAUGUCCUUUCAUAACCAUAUAAUUGCAGCUAGUUACAAAGAGAAAACAAAUAGCAGUAUACUCUUCCGACCUCUUUGGCAGUAUCAUGCAGUGUUGCAUGCUGGUAUAUUCUGCUAUCAUUUGUUUUGUUGUGUACUUUCAGUUACUUUUGGUUUGUUUACUAGUAGAAAAUGAGUGAAAUGGAGUCUAAUAAGACUUGUGUGGAAAAUGAUUGUAACCAUUCCAUGAAACGUAAAAAAGGCGUGCGAAAUGUGGAAGAAUACAAAUGUCAAAGAAUUAAACGAGCUCGUCUGCAAGGAAAGGAGUAUGCAAACUACAGAGGGAAUGUUGUGAAAACUAAAAGUACUACCGAGUCGUGCAGAUGUGCAAGAAAAUGCUAUGACAAGAUUGACAUUGCACAGAGAGGGAAAUUACUUGAUGCUAUACAUUCCUUUUCAUGCAAGAAUGAGCAAGACAUCUAUCUUCAAGGUUUGCUUGACGCUGUGCCAAUUAAACAUCGCCGACCAAGGAAUGGUGACAAGUCUGGAAAAAGGUCAUCCUCCUUCACUUUCCAUGUAGUUAUUCAAGAACGAAGAGUGAAAGUGUGCAAGAAAGCAUUCAUUCAGUUAUAUGGAGUAUCUGCCAAGAGGGUAAGGAGACUGCAAACAUUGUUACUAUGUGGACAAACUCCAAAAGACAUGCGAGGCCAACAAAACAAUAGGAAGUCGGUGCCUGUUGGUGAUGUUCAGGCCAUCAAAGACCACAUAUCUUCAUUUCCUGUCAAGAUAAGCCACCAUGCAUCCAAAGAAUAUAAAUAUCUUGAUGCGCAGUUGGAUAUAAAGAAGAUGCAUACACUGUUCAAAGAGAAAUUUCCUGAUUGUAAAGUUAAGUAUUCUUUCUAUUACAAGAUUUUCAGGGAAAAUUUCAAUCUCCACUUUGGGAGACCACAGAUAGACACCUGUGGAGAAUGUGAACAACUGAAGGUCAAGAUAAAAAAUCCUAAUCUUAAUGAAUGUGCUAAGCGAGUUGCCAUGGCCGAGCUGGCCAUUCAUGAAAGAAGGAGUAACAAGUUUUACACAAGCAUGAAAGACACGAAACACAUUUGCAAAAACAAUGAUAGUGUGUUAGGGUUAACGUUUGAUUAUAUGCAGAACAUUUCACUGCCCUGCAUUCCAGUACAAGAGCUUUUUUACUAUCGCCAGCUUUCGGUGUUUCCCUUUGCCAUACAUAACCUGAAAACAGAUGAGGCGAGUUUAUUUUUAUAUCACGAAGGGCAGGCAAAUAAAGGGCCAAAUGAAACAUGCUCUUUUCUCCACAAAUACAUAAGUGACAACGUGCCUCCAUGUGUUAAAGAACUGCACCUUUACAGUGAUGCUUGCGGAGGGCAGAAUAAGAACAAUUGCAUGGUAAGAUUCUUGUUAUCACUUACUGACACCAACAGAUUUGACAUUAUUAUCCAUCGGUUUCCGAUACGUGGUCAUUCAUAUCUUGCUUGCGAUCGUGAUUUUGCACUGGUGAAACGUGUUCUUAAAAAGACUGAUAGAUACUAUGUACCCAUGGAGGUCUGCCAACUUAUUACAUCUGCAGGAGUUCCUGGAAAAUUCACAGUCAACAUGGUAACAUCUGAUGACGUGUUGGACUUCAAGAAUUGGUGGCCCAGCCAUUACAAAAAGACAUGCUUAUCAUUGGAAAGCCAGAGUAAAGCAGUUCCGCGAAGCCAGAAGCAAGACUUUGCUGUAUCAAGGUUUGUAGAGUUCCAGUACAACAGUCGCCAUAAAGGUACUGUAGUUGCUUCCGAAUUCAUUGGCGGCCUUGUGUCACAUACUUUUGUGCUUCGUCAAUCAUCCGACAAAAGUUUGAAUCCUACUAUUCCUGUUCAAAAGGCGUAUCCUGCGAAAAAUGUGCCAAUUAAUGCAAAGAAGAUUAUUGACUUAAAGAAGGUUCUCCGUUAUGUUCCAGGUGAACACAGAGACUUCUACGAUGAGAUUAUCCAGUAGCCUACCAAGCAGACUGAGCUACCAUGCCAUUGUAACAGGCAUUGUUACAUAAUAACAUACAAAGUGUGAAGUUAUAUUAACACCUUUUGUACAUGUUUUCAAAACAAUGUGUAGUCUUACAUCACUGUUGUUUAAAGUGAAAUGAUGCUUUAGUACAUAACUUUUGUGGUGUUGUUUAAAGAGGGUAUGCCUGUGAUGUUAUGCAUUAUAAGGUCAGUGAAAAUGGCGUAAAGUGUUCAAUAAUAUGGUGUACACGUUUACUGAACUAUAUCUAGGUUGAAUUACAUCAUUGUAUUUCGA